AUGUGUGCACACAUCAAACCAGGAGCAAUGCUGGGCUACUUCUUUAAAAUCCAUGAUCUAAUGCAAGAACUCAUCGAUCAAUUCUUUGCCAAACACCUAUCACUCAGUAUCGACGAUGCGGUUAUGCUUCAUAAUAAAUACUACAAGGAAUAUGGCCUUGCGAUAGAAGGGUUAACGCGGAAUCAUAAAAUUGACCCAUUGGAAUUUAAUAGCGGAGUGGAUGAUGCUCUCCCGCUUGAUUCUAUUUUGAAAUUUGACCCGGCGCUACGUCGAUUUCUUGAAGAUUUUGACACCUCAAAGGUCAAAUUGUGGCUAUUUACCAACGCCUAUAUCAACCAUGGCAGAAGGGUAGUUAAACUUUUAGGAGUGGAUGACCUUUUUGAGGGGAUCACAUAUUGUGAUUAUGCUCAACAACCACUCAUUUGCAAACCACAUGCAAAAAUGUUCGAGAAAGCGGAAAGGGAGGCGCAUGCGCCAGGUAUUGACCAGUGCUUCUUUGUUGAUGAUUCACAAUUGAAUUGUCGACAUGCCCAGGCUCGCGGCUGGACUACCGUUCAUUUCGUGGAGCCAGGCCUCCCGAUCCCACCAAUACCGGCAUCGAAAUUCAUGAUCAGAAAUCUCGAAGAGUUACGGGAGCUGUUUCCGCAAUUUUUCAAACCAAAGAUCGGUGAGAAUAUAAAGGCAUUAUAA